AUGGUCACUCCCGCGCGGGAGGCACCAACCAGCGACCCCUCUCCUGGGACGGCGGCGGGGCUCACCUGUCGCGCCCGCACUCUGCCCAGCUGGUCUCCCCGGCGGCGGCAGCACCGUAGUCCAUCGAAGAAGAACAGACUUUCUUUGAAGUUUUUUCAGAAAAAGGAAACUAAAAGAGCUUUAGAUUUCACCGAUUCUCAAGAAAAUGAAGAAAAAGCUUCUAAAUAUAGAGGAUCUGAGAUUGACCAAGUUGUUCCUGCGGCACAAUCCUCACCAAUAAACUGUGAGAAGAGAGAAAACCUGUUACCAUUUGUGGGACUGAAUAAUCUUGGCAACACUUGCUAUCUGAACAGUAUUCUUCAGGUGUUAUACUUUUGUCCUGGUUUUAAGUCUGGAGUGAAGCACUUAUUUAACAUUAUUUCAAGGAAGAAAGAAGCUCUGAAGGAUGACUCUAAUCAGAAAGAUAAGGGAAGCUGCAAAGAAGAUCCUUUGGCAAGUUAUGAGCUUUUAUGCAGUUUACAGUCCUUAAUAAUUUCAGUUGAACAGCUUCAAGCUAGUUUUCUCUUAAAUCCAGAGAAAUAUACAGAUGAACUUGCUACACAGCCAAGGCGACUGCUUAACACACUCAGGGAACUCAACCCUAUGUAUGAAGGAUAUCUACAGCAUGAUGCACAGGAAGUGCUACAGUGUAUUCUGGGAAACAUUCAAGAAACAUGUCAACUCCUAAAAAAAGAAGAAGUGAAAAACUUGGCUGAAUUAUCUACUAAGGUAGAAGAAAAAUCUCAUCAGAAAGAGGAGAUGAGUGGAGUCAACAACACGGAGAUGGACAGUAUGAGGAAUUUGGAGGACUUUAAAGAAAAACUCCCAAAAGGAAACUGGAAAAGAAAAAGUGACAGUGAGUCUGGUAACCUGAAGAAAAAAGUUAAAUUGUCCAAGGAACCCCAGUCAUUGGAAGAGAACCAGAGACAAAUUAGAUCAAAAAGAAAAGCUAUAGGUGACACAGUUGAGAUUUCUAAAAUCAUCCCCAAGUGUGUUUCUGAAAAUGAGAGCGCAAGACCCUCUCAAAAGAAAUCAAAAGUUAAAAUCAAUUGGCUAAAAUCUACAACUAAGCAGCCCAGCAUUCUUUCUAAGUUCUGUAGUCUGGGGAAAAUAACAACAAACCAGCGAUCCAAAGGACAACCUAAAGAGAACGAGUAUGACUUGGAAGAGGACUUAGGGAAGAACGAAAGUGAGAACACAGCCAAUGGUGGUAUUCUCGAAUCUCCAGGAAGCAGUGUUAAACUUGUGCACGUUAGUGAAGUUAAGCCCAUAAACAAAGGUGCAGAACAAGUUGGUUUUGAACUCGUAGAGAAAUUAUUUCAAGGUCAGUUAGUAUUAAGGACUCGCUGUUUGGAAUGUGAAAGCUUAACAGAAAGAAGAGAAGAUUUUCAGGAUAUUAGUGUCCCGGUACAAGAAGAUGAGCUUUCUAAAGUUGAGGAGAGCUCUGAAAUUUCUCCAGAGCCAAAAACAGAAAUGAAGACCUUGAGAUGGGCAAUUUCACAGUUUGCUUCAGUGGAGAGAAUUGUAGGGGAAGAUAAAUAUUUUUGUGAAAAUUGCCAUCAUUAUACAGAAGCAGAGCGAAGUCUCUUAUUUGAUAAAAUGCCUGAAGUUAUCACUAUCCAUCUGAAGUGCUUUGCUGCUAGUGGCUUGGAGUUUGAUUGUUAUGGUGGUGGACUUUCCAAGAUCAACACUCCUUUAUUGACACCUCUUAAACUGUCACUAGAAGAAUGGAGUACAAAGCCGACUAAUGACAGCUAUGGAUUAUUUGCUGUUGUGAUGCACAGUGGCAUUGUUAUUAGUAGUGGGCACUAUACUGCUUCUGUGAAAGUCACUGACCUUAACAGUCUAGAACUAGAUAAAGGGUAUUUUGUGGUUGACCAGAUGUGUGAACUAGGUAAGCCAGAGCCACUGAAUGAGGAGGAAGCAAGGGGGAUGGCUGAAAAUUACGGUGAUGAAGUGUCAAUUAGAGUUGGUGGAAAUGCCCAGCCAAGUAAAGUUUUGAACAAAAAAAAUGUAGAAGCUGUUGGACUUCUUGGAGGACAAAAGAGCAAAGCAGAUUAUGAACUGUACAAAAAAGCGUCUAAUCCUGAUAAGGUUGCCGGGACAGCGUUGGCUGAAAAUAGAAAUUCUGAAACUAAUGAUACAAAUGGGACCCACAAAUCCGACAGGAACAAGGAAUCCAGUGACCAAACAGGCAUUAACAUGAAUGGAUUUGAGAACAAAAUUUCCUAUGUAGUGCAAAGCUUAAAGGAGUACGAGGGGCAGUGGUUGCUCUUUGAUGACUCUGAAGUAAAAGUUACAGAAGAGAAGGACUUUUUGAAUUCUCUUUCCCCUUCUACAACUCCUACAUCUACUCCCUACUUGCUAUUUGAUAAGAAAUUAUAGUGAGUAUAUUUUCCUUGUGUAUAUGUUAAACAGACCUGGACAAACAUUGGUAAAGUUGAUUACACCUAAGAGUCUUAUCUUAGUUUAUCUUUUGAAGCUAUCGGAUAUUAUUGGUCUCUCUAGACUUU